AUGUCUUCACUUCGUCUUGCUAAGCUUCCUUUCAAGAGGGGUCUUUUGAACGCCAGUCGUGUAGCUGGUGGCAGUGGUGCUCGUUUGGGCGUUUCAGCUCGUCAUUUUUCGAGAACUGUCGGCAGAGCUCAGGAGGCUGCGAAGCCAAAGGCCGAGCCUAAGGUCGAGCCAAAUGCCGGUGCUGGCGCUGGUGCUGGAGCCGGUGGUAGUUCGGGUGGUAGUGGUUUUGGCACUUUCGCUGUUGUUUUGGGUGCUGCCGCUGCUGGUUAUUAUGGAUAUACCCAGUUUUAUGCUGGAAGUGAUAGUACUGAUGCUGCUGCUAAGGAUGCUGGUAUUAAGACCUUUGACGAUUAUAAGAAGGUUUACGAGGCCAUUGCUAAGAAAUUGGUGGAUGACGACGACUAUGACGAUGGAUCUUAUGGACCAGUACUUGUUCGUCUCGCAUGGCAUGCUUCUGGUAGUUACAGUAAAGUGUCUGCCGAUGGUGGUUCGGGUGCUGGUACUAUGAGAUUCGCUAAAGAGAUCGGUUAUGGUGCCAAUGCUGGUUUGGAUAACGGUCGUAAAUUCUUGAAGAGCAUCCACGACGAGUUCCCAUGGCUGUCACACGGUGAUUUGUAUACUUUGGGAGGAGUUGUUGCUAUUCAAGAGUUGGGAGGUCCUACUAUUCCAUGGAGAGCCGGUCGUGUUGACCAGGCCGAGAGUGCUACUGCUCCUGAUGGCCGUCUUCCUGAUGCUUCACAGGAAUCUGACCAUAUCCGAACCAUUUUCUAUCGUAUGGGAUUCAACGACCAGGAAAUCGUCGCUCUUAUUGGAGCCCAUGCUCUUGGCAGAUGUCACACUCAAAACUCGGGUUAUGAUGGCCCCUGGACCUUUUCUCCUACCACUUUCACCAACGACUUCUUCAAGCUUUUGAUCGAUGAAAAAUGGCACAUUCGUAAGUGGGACGGACCCAAGCAGUACGAAGACGACAAGACCAAGUCGCUCAUGAUGCUUCCUGCCGACUACGCUCUUGUCAAAGACAAGGAGUUCAAGAAGUGGGUUGUCAAGUAUGCCAACGACAGCGACCUCUUCUUCAAAGACUUUGCCAAGGCUUUCAGCACUCUGCUGGAGCUCGGUGUCAAGUUCAAGGCCGACACUCCUGUCUGGGAGUUCCCCACCGUCAAUGCUUAG